AUGAGAUUGGUUAAACCUCAGAUUCUGUCUGGUGAGGUAGAACUAAGUGAUUCUGGUGAUGUCGACCAGAAUGAAAGUAUCACGUUACAACAAGAUGAGUCUGAAGAGUUAGGCAUUGAUAGAGAGGGUGUUAAUGAUCCUGUGAUCGAUCAGAAGCCCCAAAGAUCUAGUAGAAGCAGACGGGCUCCUGCUUAUUUAUCAGAUUAUGUAAUUACAGAUAUGCCUGAUAUAAAGUUUACCAAAGCUAAACAGCCUGACUGUCCUUUUUGUGACAAAGCCAUUGAUGAGCCAUGGCAGGACCACGUUAUUUUAUGCUCAGGACAGAGAUUUAAAUGUGUAACUUGUGGAGCCAGGUUCAAGAAGAACAGCUACCUUGUGAAACACAUGAAAGUUCAUAACGGUUCAGCAACUGUUCCACCCCCUGCUAAGAAGCAAAAGCCGAGCACGAUUACAAAAGCAGCUGAUGUUGUAGUUGGUGAAGAUAUUCCAGCAGCGAAUCCUGGUAGUGACCAUAUGGAGAAGGAGUCUAACCAGAGUGAUUGGGAAUGUCAGGAUCCUGGAGAAUUGUUAGAUGUGUUGGGUCCAUGUAGCUCUAGUGAUGAAGAAGACUCUAGGGAAACUGAAGAAAUAGAGAAGGCACCUGAGGACCUAGAGAUAGGACGAAUCAUUCGGAAGAGAACUCAGCCAGUUCUCUAUACAGGUUCCCAGAUGAAGAGCAAAGAGAUUCAUCAGUCAGAACCGGUGGUGCAUGAAUUGGAGAAGUCUGCAAAGAAAUCCACCGUGAACGCGACUACACAGACCGAGCCAACCCUUUAUGUGUACUCCACUAAAACCAUAACCACCAAGUGGGAGAAUGGGGUUAAGAUCAAAGUCGUUGAAAGAAAGAAGAGCUAUAAUAUGAGUUAG